UCGGUUCCUCUUUCCUCGCUCAAGAUGGCGCUGCUCGCGAUACAUUCUUGGCGCUGGGCGGCCGCGGCGGCUGCUUUCGAAAAGCACAGACAUUCGGCUGUUCUGACCCGGCCUCUAGUCUUUCUCUGCGGCUCAGGCCCGCGGUGGCGGUCACACCAGUGCGGCGCGUCAGGAAGCGCUCGAAUAUACCAGAAUACAGAGUCAUUAAGAAAUGCUACGUGGCAGAGAUGGGGAAAAGACAAUUCAAGACAGUUACUAGAUGCUUCAAGGGCUCUUCAGGUAUGGCCACUGAUAGAAAAGAGAACAUGUUGGCAUGGGCAUGCAGGAGGAGGACUCCACACAGACCCAAAAGAAGGGUUAAAAGAUGUUGAUACUAGAAAAAUCAUUAAAGCAAUGCUUUCUUAUGUGUGGCCCAAAGACAGGCCAGAUCUACGAGCCAGAGUUGCUAUCUCCCUGGGAUUUUUGGGUGGUGCAAAGGCUAUGAAUAUUGUGGUUCCUUUCAUGUUUAAAUAUGCUGUAGACAGCCUCAACCAGAUGUCGGGAAACAUGCUGAACCUGAGUGAUGCACCAAAUACAGUUGCAACCAUGGCAACAGCAGUUCUGAUUGGCUAUGGUGUAUCAAGAGCCGGAGCUGCCUUUUUCAAUGAAGUUCGAAAUGCAGUAUUUGGCAAAGUAGCUCAAAAUUCAAUCCGAAGAAUAGCCAAAAAUGUAUUUCUCCAUCUUCACAACUUGGAUCUGGGUUUCCAUUUGAGCAGACAGACAGGAGCUUUAUCUAAGGCUAUUGACAGAGGGACAAGGGGUAUUAGUUUUGUCCUCAGUGCUUUAGUGUUUAAUCUUCUCCCUAUCGUGUUUGAGAUGACGCUUGUCAGUGGUGUUCUGUAUUACAAAUGUGGUGCCCAGUUUGCAUUGGUAACUCUAGGAACACUUGGUGCAUAUACAGCAUUCACAAUUGCAGUUACACGGUGGAGAACUAGAUUUAGAAUUGAAAUGAACAAAGCGGAUAAUGACGCAGGUAAUGCUGCUAUUGACUCACUGCUGAAUUAUGAAACUGUGAAGUAUUUCAAUAAUGAAAAAUAUGAAGCACAGAGAUAUGACGGAUUUUUGAAGACAUAUGAGACUGCUUCAUUGAAAAGUACCUCUACUCUGGCUAUGCUGAACUUUGGCCAAAGUGCUAUUUUCAGUGUCGGAUUAACAGCUAUAAUGGUACUUGCCAGUCAUGGAAUUGUGGCAGGUACCCUUACGGUCGGAGAUCUAGUAAUGGUGAAUGGACUGCUUUUUCAACUUUCAUUACCCCUUAACUUCCUGGGAACUGUAUAUAGAGAGACAAGACAAGCACUCAUAGAUAUGAACACCUUGUUUACUCUGCUCAAAGUAGACACGCGGAUUAAAGACAAAGAGAUGGCAUCUCCCCUUCAAAUAACACCACAGACAGCCACAGUGGCCUUUGAUAAUGUGCAUUUUGAAUACAUUGAAGGACAGAAAGUCCUUAGUGGAGUAUCUUUUGAAGUCCCUGCAGGAAAGAAAGUGGCCAUUGUAGGAGGUAGUGGAUCAGGAAAAAGCACAAUAGUGAGGCUGCUGUUUCGCUUCUAUGAGCCUCAAGAGGGUAGCAUUUACCUUGCUGGUCAAAAUAUACAAGAUGUGAGCCUGGAAAGUCUUCGGAGGGCAGUGGGAGUAGUACCUCAGGAUGCCGUCCUCUUCCAUAACACUAUCUACUACAACCUUUUAUAUGGAAACAUCAAUGCUUCACCAGAGGAAGUAUAUGCAGUAGCAAAAUUAGCUGGUCUCCAUGAUGCAAUUCUUCGAAUGCCACAUGGAUAUGACACACAAGUAGGGGAACGAGGACUCAAGCUAUCAGGAGGAGAAAAACAGAGAGUAGCAAUUGCAAGAGCCAUUUUGAAGGACCCCCCAGUUAUUCUCUAUGAUGAAGCUACUUCAUCAUUAGAUUCAAUAACUGAAGAGACUAUUCUUGGUGCCAUGAGGGAUGUGGUCAAGCACAGAACUUCUAUUUUCAUUGCACACAGAUUGUCAACAGUGGUUGAUGCAGAUGAAAUCAUUGUCCUUAGCCAGGGGAAGGUAGCUGAACGUGGUACCCACUAUGGUCUGCUUGCUAACUCUGGCAGUAUCUAUUCAGAGAUGUGGCACACACAGAGCAGCCGUGUGCAGAACAGUGAUAACCUCGGAUGGGGUGCAAAGAAAGAAGGCCUCUCCAAAGAAGAAGAAAGGAAGAAACUCCAAGAAGAAAUCGUUAACAGUGUGAAAGGCUGUGGCAAUUGUUCCUGCUAAGGCACAGAAGACAGUUUCUUGUUUUUCUGUUUGUUGUCUUGUUUGCACUGAAGCAAAACUAGUUCAUAAAAAUGUAAAUCAUACAUUCCCAUUCCUUUAAUCCUAUUAAAUAAGAUAUAUUUAAAGGAGGGUUUGAUUUUUAUGUCUUUCACCAUCUUUUGAAUGUGACAUCUAUAAUUAUCUCCGAAUUAUUUUCUUGUUCCUGCCCCAGUUGUACUCAGUGUAUAAUUUUUGUUACCAUUUGAUUUUCCCCUAUAACUGUUUUUUGAAGUCUGAUAUCCAUUUGUUAUAGAUAACCAGAUGAAGUAGAGUGGUCUGAAUUUAUGUAGUUUUUAAAACAUCCUUUAUGCUGACAAGUUAUAGGGAGAGUGGUUUUUUCUCUCUUAAAAUUAAAACAGGAAUGAAAUGAGAAGAGUAGGUUUUUUUCUACUCUUUCCUUCCUCCAAUUAUAGUUCCUUGUCAAUCUGAAAAUUAAUUUGCAAACACAUUUAAAGUUGGAGCUUACCAAAAUGAACUGUAUUUAUACUUUGGGCAUUGUACUUUUGGACACCUAUAAUAAGAGUUUUUAUUAUGUCCUUUUUGGUGGAAAGCUCAUAUUGGUGUAUAGAAUAUUAUUGUUAAUCAUCACUGCGACUCUUCUCUAGUGAUUGGACCAAAAUUUCUUAAUUUUCUUUAAAGUCUCAGAAACCCUGAUGUCAUUUGAGAGUUACCAUACUGGGAAUGAUCCCCGAAACUUAGGGUGUUAAUAGUUAAUGGUCUUUCCUAUUUCUGUCUUAAAUGCACUGCUUUUCCUAUCUGAAGUGAUACAAAGAAAGAAGUAAACAGGAUGUUGUACAUCCACAGAUGUCUAUGUUGUGUAUAUGCUAAUACAUGUAUAUAAAUCAGUGUCCACUUAAAAUUAUUAAAAACAUUUGGUAAAUAGGAAAGGAUUCUAUAUGUAGGUAUACUCUUUAGAUGUCCAGAUCUCUUAAUCUAUAUUGACACUUCAAAAUUGCUAUGUUUAUUGUAAGGCUUUUCUUAAUUAUUCAUAAUUUAAUGAGUUCUGUUAAGUGUGGUGUAAAAAAGAAACUAAGUGAUAUAGUAAAGUUUUACUUAGAAAAAAUAGAAAAACAUUUUACCUGUAAGAAAUAAUUAUUAAAAUGAAGAUACACAUUCACUUAAAAAGAUGUUCUCUUAAGCUGGGCAUAGUAAUAUGCACCUGGAGUCCCAGCAUCAGGAAGUUGAGCCUAGGAAUUUGAGGCUAGCCUGGGCAAUAUAGUGAGACCAUUUCUCUUCAAACUGAAAAAGAAAACAAAAGUUCUUCUCUUGUUUCAAUAUGAAUUUAAUUUGUUCGAUAAUACCCUUUCAUUUUGAAACACGUGUGUAUCUCAUGAAUGGCCAUAUAAUCAUAUGUAAUGUGGCUUUAUUUCUCAGGAAAGGUCCUAAACUGCUUGUUAUAUUAUGGUUUUAAUGUGUUUUAAAUGAUAAUUUAGUAUAGGAGACAUUAAUUUUUUUACGUGUCUUAUUGGUAUUGGUGAAUAAAUAUCUUCUGUUUAUAUAAUAGUGUGCUAAUCUGAAGCCAAUAUUUCAGUUAAUUUUUGGUACCAAAGUAAUUUUUGCAGAAUCUUGCUUUUUAAAUUGGAGGUAACAUUGCAGUGUCUCAUGUACUGAAAACUAGGUUUUUGUUUUGUUGGUAUUUCUUGCUCUCAAUAUGUAGGUAUCAGUGCUAUUCUCAGGGGAGAAGCAGCACAUCCUUUGAAUAAAUCAGUUACAUUACUGCAGCUGUGAUUAAAGUUAGAUCAAAAUUUUGCAUCGCUAUUACUUCUUACAUUUGCAGCAGUGCUGAUGGAAAUGAUGAGACUCAGUUACACAGACAAGCAGAGUGUAAUAAUCAUUGUUAAGAAUUCUUCUUGAAGUGUACAUAGCAGUGUUCCAAGUAAGUUAUUCUGUGAUAUAGGGAACAGUAAGAACAUUUUCAGGGUAGGGAUAAUAGUCCCACGAAGAUUUUGAAACUAUUUGUUUUUCAUGUGAUUGCAGGUGGUCACUAGGCAAUAGUGGUCAUUAACCUAUCUUUCAGCUAACAAAACUUAAAUUAUCUGAAAGUGACAAUUAGUGUCGAGGCAAUAACUAAGUCCUAAAGACAUCUUUUUUAAGACUAUGUCAUCUUUAGGUGGUUCUAUAGAGGGAAAUAAUAGACAGAUGAAGACGAAAGAGAAGCCCUCUGGAAUGAUUCAGUCAUGGGAAAUGCCAAGAAAAGGGCAUUUAGUUAUAAUGCACUAAUUUUACAUCACAAUAUUACAUAAUUAUGCAAAAGGAUAAUGUGUAUAAAUUUUAAAAGAUCAGUGUUGCAGCAAUGUUUUUUAAUGUUGGGAGGAAUAAACUAUAGUAUUAAAAUUUGAGCUCUGAAAAUAGAGCAUGAUAAUGGGGGUUCAUUUCUUACAUCUCUUUAUUUUAAGGAUUAAAAAAUUUAUUUUCUUCCUAAGGAAAUCCCAGUUUACAAAAAUUAACUUGAAGCCAAGGUAAUUUGGGAUCAUAAAAACUGGGCCAGAUGCCUUACUGAUCGUUCUUAACAUAGAACUGUCUUGUUGUGUAGAUGGGCUCAUUUGGAAAUUUUUAACAGUCAAGCCAGGGUCACUAGUGAUAAUCAAGGAGACAGACCUUCACGUCUGUACAUGAACAGUCUCAUGCAUACCUCUGCAGGGAUUUGCAUCUUUUAUACACCUUAGGAUGAAUACUCUGACUUGCCCUUCUGUUGACAGAUAAACUGAGGUUUAUGAGGAUGGCUUUUUUCAAAACUUGUUUUGCUCUAAAGGCCAGGUAUUUAAAAGCUAUAUGAUUCUUUGUUUCUAGAUCAUUUUUUCCAUACUGCCAUCUUGUUUCUAUCCUUCCUACUUGCUGAAUAUAUCACCAAGUAGCAAUCUUUUCCAUAUAUAUUCCUAAUUCCCUCAUCUUGUAACUUGAUUACAGGAUAUUCUGUUGUGAAUUAGCAGUUAAGAGUGUUUAAAUAUGUUUGUAAUUACAGUUUGUUUUUAAUUAUAGAAAAAUUCCUUCUUUUCCCUUCUCUGAGUGUAUUGAUUUGGAAUGUAAACUGUAUGUUAAAUCACAACAUUGAGUGAGACAUUCUGGAUAAAGCUGAUUAAGACAAAACAUCUUAGCCAAGGAUUUAUCUUACCACAAUUCUCAUGUUUAUAACAACCUGUGCAGAUAAUCAUUACUGAAUAAACAUGCUGUCUUUAUGCCUAGAAA